CGCAGGCGCCGUAGCGCCGCCGCCUUCCGCUUUCGGCCGGGCCGCGUGAGGGGAGCAGGAGGGGUGGAGGAUGGAUUCCCUGGAUCACAUGCUCACAGACCCCCUGGAGCUGGAGGGCAAYGGCACACGGAUCAUGGAGGACUGCAUGCUGGGCACCACCAGAGUCAGUCUGCCCGAGGACCUCCUGGAGGAUCCUGAGAUCUUCUUUGAGGUUGUCAGCUUGUCAACAUGGCAGGAGGUCCUGACAGAUGARCAGCAAGAGCAUCUAAAAAAAUUCUUGCCUCACUUCCCUGAGAACAACCGAGAGCAACAGAACAGUCUCAUCUUGGCACUGUUCRGUGGGGAGAACUUUCGGUUUGGGAACCCACUGCACAUCGCCCAGAAACUCUUCCGUGAUGGACACUUCAAUCCCGAGGUGGUGAAGUAUCGRCAGCUCUGUUACAAGUCGCAGUACAAGCGCUACCUGAAUGCCCAGCAGCAGUAUUUCUACAGGCUGCUCAAGCAGAUCCUCACUUCCCGCAAUCACUUGCUGGAAUUAGCCAGGAAGGGAGGCCCUGACAUGACCCUAAAGAGAAAGCACUUCCYGCCAACAUAYGACUCAGAAGAAAGAGACAGACGRACACAUCGGCGCUACUUGAAAAUACUGAGGGAAGUGAAAGAGGAGUGUGGAGACACUACCUUGUCUUCUGAUGAAGAAGAUCUAAUCUCUUGGCCUCCAAGUUCUCCAGCACGRUGUUCAAGUCCACCAGUUCCCCUGAGAGUGAUCCCCACAUUGUCAACCUUGGACAUGAAAACUGCAGACAAGAUAGAACUUGGGGAAAGUGAUUUGAAGAUGAUGUUGAAGAAGCACCGUGAGAAACGGAAACGUCAUCCCGAUCACCCUGAUCUAGUCACAACAGACCUGACCCUUGAGGACAUCAUGACUCGAGURAAUGCUGGCCGGAAAGGUUCCUUAGCAGCCUUAUUUGACCUUGCRACCCUCAAGAAAAAGGUGAAGGAAAAGGAAGAUAAAAAAAAAAAGAAGCUGAAGAUUAUUAAAUCCGAGGUGGAAGAUUUGGCUGACUCUCUCGGCAAUGCAGAUGGACUCCCAUCAAUGUCUCAGGAUCUUUCCCCCCUCCCCCUSUCAUCUGUCAAAGAGGAACCUCUUGAAGAUAUGAAGCCAUGUCUUGAAAUAAAUGAAAUAUCAUCCAGCUUCUUUUUCCUUCUUCUGGAGAUACUGUUCCUGGAAGGACCUGCUACUCUCUCUGUGCUUGAAGAUAAAGUUCUCGAUUGGCAAUCUUCUCAUGCCAGUGCACUAAACAGCUGGUUCUCCUUUGCUCCUAACUGGUCUGAAUUGGUUUUACCUGCCUUGCAGUAUUUGGCAGGUGACAGCAGAGAUGCUCCUUCCAGCUUCUCAGCUUUUGUUGAAUUCAAGGAAAAAACUCAGCAGUGGAAAUUGCUUGUAGGUACUUACCAAGAUCAUGAGAAGGAAUUGGCAGCACUGUUUCAUCUCUGGUUGGAGACCAAAGACCAGACUUUUUUCAAAGAAAAUGAUGACAGCUCGGAUGCCAUGCCACUGCCCAGAGUAAGGACCGACUAUGUAGUACGGCCUAGCACUGGAGAGGAGAAACGGGUGUUUCAAGAGCAGGAACGUUACCGUUACAGCCAGCCCCACAAAGCCUUCACCUUCCGGAUGCACGGCUUCGAGUCGGUUGUUGGUCCUGUGAAGGGGGUGUUUGACAAGGAAACCUCCUUAAACAAAGCCCGGGAACAUUCUCUCCUGCGCUCAGACAGACCAGCAUAUGUCACCAUUUUGUCCCUUGUUCGUGAUGCUGCUGCUCGCCUUCCUAAUGGAGAGGGAACUCGAGCUGAAAUCUGUGAGCUGCUCAAAGAUUCCCAGUUCCUAGCUCCAGAUGUCACCAGUGCUCAGGUUAACACUGUUGUUAGUGGUGCUCUGGACCGAUUGCAUUAUGAGAAAGAUCCCUGUGUGAAAUACGAUAUUGGGCGGAAGUUGUGGAUCUACCUGCACCGGGACAGGAGUGAGGAAGAGUUUGAACGGAUCCAUCAUGCUCAAGCUGCUGCAGCAAAGGCCAAGAAAGCUCUUCAGAARCCAAAACCUCCAGCUAAAAUGGUAGAUUUCUUUGCUCAGAAGUCGAGUAGCAAGGAGGGUGCUGUGAAAGCCAUCCCCACMAGCACAGCAGAGCCCAGUCAGCUGAGCCUCAGUGACUCCAGCAUGCCACCAACUCCUGUGACUCCUGUGACACCAACUGCACCUGCAUUACCAGCAACACCCAUCUCACCCCCACCGGUCUCUGCGGUCAGCAAGAGUGUAUCUGGUGCUGGGUCAGAGCCAGCAAAACCCAGCCAGAGUGUUCUCCUGGUGUCCUCCCCCACCAUGCCCCAACUGGGGACCUUGCUGUCCUCAGCUCACACCUCACAGGCACAGUCGGGGCCGGCGCCCACCCCACGUGUGGUCAGUCACAGCAGCUCCUCAGGCCUGCCACAGGUCCGGGUGGUCACUGCCCAAUCCAGCCUCCCAGCCAUGUCCCAGCAAGCCCCAGUGGUCACCCAGCAGCAGCAGCAGCAGCAACAGCAGCAGCAGCAGCAACAGCAACAACAGCAGCAGCAGCAGCCCACAUCAGUGCCUCAAAUCCGUGUUCCAGCUACAGCCACACAAACCAAAGUGCUCCCUCAGGCUGUGAUGACUCUGCCUAUAAAAGCUCAAAGCAGCCCUGUGCAGGUGCCAAGAGCAGGAAGUUCCAUGGCCAGCCAGGCAGGUAUCACUGUCUCAGGGCUGUCUGCAGUGCCCAGCACUGCUGUGAAGCCAGUGACCAGUUCUCCAGGCAGUUCUGCUUCCAGCACCUCCUCCACCACUGUUAUUCAGAAUGUGGCUGGCCAGAACAUCAUCAAGCAGGUGGCUAUAACAGGACAACUUGGUAUGAAGACUCAGGCUGGAAGUGGCAUCCCACUCACAGCGACCAAUUUUCGGAUCCAAGGGAAGGAUGUGUUGCGCCUGCCCCCAUCCUCCAUCACCACAGAUGCAAAAGGACAGACGGUGCUACGCAUCACCCCAGACAUGAUGGCCACCCUGGCCAAGUCUCAAGUCACUACUGUCAAACUGACUCAGGACCUCUUCACAGCAGCUGCAGGAAGCAGCACUGGUGGGAAGGGCAUCUCUGCGACUUUACAUGUGACAUCCAACCCUGUCCAGACUGCUGAAUCUCCAGCMAAGACCAGCACGGCCUCUCCUGCCUCUUCCAGCCCAGCUGGAGGCACCGUGGUUAAAGUGACUCCUGAUUUAAAGAGUGCAGAGCCAACAAGCUCUGCUUUCCGCCUGAUGCCUGCCCUGGGCAUGACUGUGGCAGAUCAGAAGAGCAAAGCCAUAACCACGGUGGCAUCCACGGAGACCAAGCCGGCUACCACGAUYAGAAUUGUGCAGGGGCUGGGGGUGAUACCCCCCAAAGCUGGGCAGACCAUCACUGUAGCCACUCACACUAAGCAGGUGCCAUCAUCCUCAGCAGUGASCGUUGCUGGCACAGCCCACACCUCCUUACCCACCGUCAGUGCCACGAUGUCCAAAGCAGUUGCUGUGGCCUCAGCAGCUGCAGGGACCCCCAUUACCAUCAGCACAGGAGCCACGGCUGUGCGGCAGGUGCCUGUCAGCACCACUGUGGUGUCUACAUCCCAGGCAGGCAAACUUCCAGCACGGAUCACAGUGCCCCUGUCAGUGAUCAGCCAGCCAGUGAAGGGCAAGAGUGUGGUCACUGCCCCCAUCAUCAAAGGCAACCUCGGCGCCAACAUCAGUGGAUUAGGCAGAAAUAUCAUCCUGACUACAAUGCCAGCAGGAACGAAACUGAUUGCUGGGAACAAGCCUGUGAGUUUUCUGACUGCACAGCAACUACAGCAGCUGCAGCAGCAAGGCCAAGCAACGCAAGUACGAAUUCAAACAGUUCCAGCCUCCCAUCUCCAGCAGGGAACAGUCUCUGGCUCUACUAAAGCAGUGUCCACUGUGGUUGUGACAACAGCUCCAUCUCCAAAACAGACCCAGGAUCAGCUGUGAAKACUUGUUUGAUCAUGGAUUUCUGAGAACUUCCCUGAGCCUGUUGUCAUCCUCCAUCCAACCAACCACCUGAGGCUGCCUAACCCUAGCCAUGGACUGGAUUCUGCCCUUGCUUCACCAGGGUCAGCACUGUGACGUCUGGGUACAAAAUCCACAGAAAAAAAAUCAUGCUGUACCUGUAAUAUAAAACGUGUCAGCCCAGAUGUGUAAAUCCAGGUUCUKUGGAAUUGAUAAUUUAAGAAAUGUCUUCCUGGUUUUUGUUCUCUUUCCAUCCAAAGGACUUUUGGCAAAUACAGUUUCUAUGCAUUUCGGRUUAUAGACCAAGCAGUUAUCCUGGAUCUUCCUUAAGCAGGGAAAGUUGCUGGGAAGGGGUAAUUCAGUGGCUUUUCAAAGUCAUGGAGAAGAUGUSUCCUUUUACUGGAGUCUGGAUGUCACUACUGUUACCUGGUGACUCAGGAUGGUGUCUUGGACACUGGAGUUUAUUGUAACUCAGGAUGGAUGUAGAGCCCUAGUAGUUGAGAGUACUAUUUAUGGAAUUUUUUAACACCUCUCCCUUCUCUGAGCUCAGACCCUGAACAGAUCCCACAUCCAUGUCCGGUUGCUGUGAAAGACAGAGUGAAAGUCAGGGUGKUUUUUUCUGCUGUAACAGAGUGAGUAAUCAUGGGGGAGAGGGAGAGGAGACACAGAAAGUCAUUGUGUGAACAAGUCUGUCAGCAAAUGGGACUGUAGUGGAAAGCAAAAAGUUGAUGUUCACCAGAAAGAUCCUUUUUCAUCAAAAAAUAAACCUCUUAAUCAGUGGAAACAAAUUGUACCUUGGUUUAAAAGAUUGGAAUAUGUUUUCAAAUACACCCAAACUGUUGUCUCUUGGAUUUUGAAGAAAUACUUUAACCCACGACCCUGGCCCUUAGUUUUGUUUUUACUUUUGCAGUUUUAUCUGUCUAUGUAAAUAUUUUUCAAUUUUGCACAUACUGAAGAUGAAUUUGUGACUGUUCUGACAUAACCUUGAAACUGAAUGAGAUGAAAAGAUGUGUUGGACCAGGAGAAGAAUAAAAGUGUAGAAAGUCUUACAGAUCUCUACCAUCUCCUUUCAGUUUUCUACAGCAUGUUUUGUGUAAAAUCACUGUCCAGAUUGCCAAGGGCUAACAGCCUGUCCAUCUUCAUAGUAAGGUGGUUCUUUUUAACCUGUUUUCUUUUUGGUAGAUUUUCUCUUUUUUUUUUUUAAUUUAAAGAUAUGAUUUGCUCUAAGUUAUAUAUUCUAGAAUAUAAUACAUUUAAAGAGCCAAAUUGUACAGUUCAGGACUGUUAUGGCUGGAGCUCUGUGCAUGUUACUCUUUUGCUGGGCUUCAGGCUGGGGCUGUGGAUCUUUCUGUACUGUAUCUAACCCUCUUCAGAGCAGCUUUGAAGGAAAGCAGGUAUUUCAGUAAGAAAAGAAGUAGCUGGAUGUGAAUAUUGAGUUAGUAGGACACAUCAGUUCAGCAUUUGAAAGCAAUUGCUUGAAUUAUGGUUUAUAUGCUUCAGGAACAAUUUGGAGUGAUAAAGGUUUUCUGUCCUGCUUUAUCAGGUUUGUACCUGUUUUGUUCAUUCAUCAAUCAGGAACCAGCAGAAAGAUUGUGGUUUGGGAGGGAACAUUCCCAAGCCCUUUUAGUGGCCAAGUUAAAAGAAGAAAUUAAAGACGCAAUAAGCAACUUCCUGCUACUGCUUAUAUGAAAGAGCCUCCAAAUUCAAAACAUAAUCAAGAUAAUCCUGCURCAUUCUGUUCAUAAUAAAUUAAUAAUUAACCUACAAUCAAGUGCUGAAAGAGGGUUACAUUGUGAAGAUCCAU